AUUUACUCGAUGGAUAAGACAGGAGGCAAACACGUGUGCACGAGACACUAGAACUGAAAUAGAAUAAUCUUCGAGGGAAUAGAGUCAGACUUGUCGUUCCAGGUGACAAGACGAUUUUUUUUUUUCAUUUUUCAGGUGUGAGACUAAUUUGCAGAAUCAUUUCCGGGUUUUAGCGUUCCAAUAUGGCGGAUAGGCUUAUGACGAGGACAUUCUCUUUGAGGUCUAGAUUAACUCUGAGGCUCGGUUUUUACUAAUUUUCUAAUGAACUUAUGAUACGCAAUCCAUUGGGUAACAAACGGCAAUAAUCAUAGAAAGACAUGUUAAAAUAUUUUUUUAAUUCAAUUUAAGAAAUUUAAGGUCAAAUAUUGUUGAUUAAUUCGUCAUAAAUUAGUAAAGAUAAUAAACUAAUGUAUAAUUUUCUUGCUAUAUUGCCAGGAUUGCUGGGGAGCCCCUUCAAACAACUUGACACCGGAUUUGUUGAAAGGGGAUAUUUCACCCCUCGUUUUGUGCCUUAAAACAGUUUGGUUUAUUGGAGGGUAAUCAGACAAAUGGUCCCUAAUUUCGUGGCUAAUGACUGUUGGGCAGUGGGAAUCCAGACGGGAAAAUUGUGGCGGCAACAGGAAGCCCAGGGAAGUCGCCAGAAACGAGACUAGACACGCGGAAUCGGUGGGGAAAAUCGUUUACCUGAACAACGUUGGGGUAGGGGUAGCUGAUCGGCUCGUGUGCGCAAGGUGUCGGCUGACUAAAGUGUCAGCACUACGUUGGCUCUGCUGCCAGUAACGGAGUGACCACUGAACGAGACUCGUGGCAGUAACCCAGUGCCCGACAUUCGGAAUUCAGACAUUUGUUUACUCUGUGUAUUUGCAAGGAUCGUCCAACAUUUUUGGACAUUGUCGGCGGAACAAUGGGCGCCGAAAACGGUUUCACUAAACAUAACGAGAUGAAGAAGCAGAUUGAAGUGUUCGAAACAGAAGUGCCGAAGCCGAAGGCACUGAUUGGGUCACGUCACAUAGUGACUUUCAUGCUGUUCCUGGGGAUGGCCAAUGCCUAUGUCAUGAGGACUAACAUGUCUGUCGCUAUUGUUGCCAUGGUCAAUCACACGGCGAUUAAUGAGGAACACGACGUAGGAACCAACGAGUGCGGAACUAAUUCUAAUGACCCGGAUGAUGCACAUGAUCCGUCCGCCGAUGGUGAAUACGAAUGGAACUCCACGAAACAAGGCUAUCUUCUCAGCUCCUUCUUCUAUGGCUAUGUACUCACACAGAUACCAUUCGGUAUUCUUGCCAAACGAUAUGGAUCCAAGUACUUCCUCGGUGUUGGUAUGCUGAUAAAUUCACUGUUUGGACUGCUGGUACCGAUAUCCGCAAAGUGGGGCUUUGGUUGGCUAGUUCUUGUCCGGUUUAUCCAGGGUCUGGGAGAGGGUCCGAUCGUGCCUUGCACGCACGCUAUGCUGGCAAAGUGGAUACCACCGAAUGAGAGGAGUAGGAUGGGCGCCUUCGUUUACGCUGGGGCUCAGUUUGGAACUGUUAUCUCAAUGCCUUUGAGUGGUCUCCUCUCCAAAUAUGGCUUCUCUGGUGGCUGGCCAUCGAUUUUCUAUGUUUUCGGAGCUGUCGGCACCAUUUGGUGCGUUGCCUUCCUCAUCUGGGUGCAUGAGGAUCCUGAGCAACAUCCCAAGAUAUCAGAGGAGGAAAAGAAGUAUAUUCUCAGUGCAUUGUGGGGAAGUGCUGGAUCAUCCUCUCCACCUGUUCCCUGGAAGUCGAUCAUGACUUCUCUUCCCUUCUGGGCUAUUCUCAUGGCUCAUAUGGGACAGAAUUACGGAUACGAGACAUUGAUGACAGAGCUACCCACGUUCAUGAAGCAAAUUCUGCACUUCAACAUAAAAUUGAAUGGAGUUGUCUCGGCUCUUCCGUACCUCGCCAUGUGGAUAUUCUCGAUGUUGAUCUCCCACGUGGCAGAUUGGAUGAUUUCCAGUGGUAGAUUUAGCCACGGAAAAACAAGAAAAAUCAUAAACAGCAUCGGUCAGUACGGGCCAGCACUUGCACUCAUAGCCGCCUCAUACACAGGAUGUGACAAGUGGCUGACCGUCGCCCUACUCACGAUAGGUGUUGGCUUCAAUGGUGGCAUUUACUCUGGCUUCAAGGUCAAUCAUUUGGACAUAUCACCAAGAUUCGCUGGAAUCUUAAUGUCGUUUACCAACUGCCUUGCCAACCUUGCCGGCCUUCUAGCGCCAAUCACUGCUGGAUAUAUCAUCGUCGGAACGCCAUCACAAGCAAAAUGGAGGAUAGUUUUUAUGAUCUCAGCAGCUGUUUACAUUGUCUGCGCCACAUUCUACACGAUAUUCGGUUCAGGGGAAAGACAACCCUGGGACAAUCCAGAGAAUGAUGAAGACACACGAAAAAAACAAAACGACGUCGAGGCGAACAAAGCGAUCAAUGAGACACAGCAUUGACCAAUCGCACAACACAGUCAAUCGUUGUAAUCGUAAUCUAAUGUACAAUACUUGUACACGCAGGCUGUGUGCGAUUAUGUGUCGGCAAACUCCUCUUUCUUAUAAUUAUUUUUAUGGAGAUAAACCAUUCAUUCCCUUCCUACACUGUUGUCAUUUUUCUUUUUCGCGCAGGAAAUAUUUCAGCAGCGAAGUGGCAAAUCUAGAUAAGUCAUUUUUGCUAUUCACCAGUUCUUUAGGAAUGUCUCGGACUCUAGGGAAGAUAACAAAAUUGUUAUCAAAACAUUUUUUGUAGAUAUCUACAACUAAUGUGUCCUGACAAAAAUACCGCUAUCUCCGUUAAAUUUGGAGAUAUUUGUCAAAAAGUCGACUGAGUUUAGCGCUUCACUGCUGAUUUUACAGAAAAACCGAGCGAAUUGCCUGGCAAUUCUAUUCUAUUGCUCUAUUAAUUGUUGGAUAACUUUUCAACAUUUGAUUUCCAGUACGAUUGAAUCAUUGUUCAAAUUGAUUAUUUUUUUUUAUUUUUUAAUGCAAAGUCAAUGUAAAAAAUUUCAUAUGUUUUGCAAUGGAAUGGAAUUAAUCAACAUUGAUCGCUACGGUUUGUUAUCCCAUUUCUCAGUGCACAGUCUUUGCUUCAUUGUGUUUUCUUCCAUCAUUCGUCUUCCUAAGUUCCAAAAAAAAAACAAAUAAAAUGUGCGAACGUCGAUUUGACAGAUUAUUUUAUAUCCUGAGUUGACGAAUGAGAGAACUGAUAAUCGUUGAUUGAAAUGCAAAAAUGAUUGAUGUCAUCAAUUGAUGUGUAAAUAUUGAUAUUCAGGUGUAAAUCUCGUGCUCAAAUCCCUUGGGCAUUAGAUAAUUGAGAUUAAACGGGCACAAUAGCAUGAAAAAUACAGUAAAUUCAUGUUAUAAUCGACGUUUGAGGCAGCAGUAUUAGAGUAGAACGCCGCACGUUCGCCAAUUUUCGGUUACAUUGUUUUGUUUUUUUAACCAUAAACUUCUGCCAUUUUUGUAUUGUUACAUUGUACGAGAUUUCGUCAUGGGGUAUCAGCGACACGAUCACUUGGCAACAAUAUAAAGUGGUUUUAUAAAUAAUGUAGAUAUAAAUUUUCAUAGGAUCGUAAUAAGUUAUAGACUAGUUGAAUUAUUGAUUGUAGUUAUUUAUACGAAUGGAUAAAGAAUGCUAAAUUCACUAUCUAUUGAUUAAUAAUCAGUUCAGUUAUUAUAUGAUAGAAUGCAUUUUUUUUUAAUGGUUUUUAUCCGUUUUUCUUCACUCCUCAAUGAGCACAAACUGCUUACUUGACUAAUACCUUUUUGAUUUUGUUUUUUUUUAUAUUGUGUAAUUUUUGUGAUGACAUUGCCGAGGGUGGAAUUAAAUAAAUUGAGUGGAACCUUUGUAACGUAAAAUUUUGCAUAGAUUGUUCUUCCGAUAUUUUGCCAAAAUAUUGGUAACUCCACUGUUCAAUACUGCAAGUGAUGUCACAGAUAUUCAUUGCAUCGAUAAUUCAGUAAAUUCAUUAUUUUAUUAAUCAUCAAUUUUUGAAGAAAUCAGGAUAAUGAUGAACCCCAUUAUUUUUUGGAAAAUGACUCGAAGAUAAAUACUAUAACAAUGGUACCACCUUUUCGUUGAUGCACAUAUUAUGUACACAUUAUGUGCACAUGCCGAUGGGUUGAAUUGUCCAUGCAAUGGAUUAUCGAUACGUUGAGUUGUCACUUAAUGAAAUGGAAUGAUUAAUUAUUCCGUAUUGAUUAGUGGUGGAAUCAAAACAUAAUUUAUGACUAAUUUGAAGGUAUCAGUGACUAAUACGUUCGGCUAGACGUCUAAUACAUAUCAAGUUGUUUGUGGAUUCAAUUUAACGAGAAUAAAUAUAUUGAAAGAGUGGAAAGAGGGAUAUUAUUGAUACUUGAAAAAAUAAUGAUUGUGGAAUUUGAUGAAUUUCAAACACUGAAAAUAAAAAUGAAAAUAGUGGUAUCCAUUUUGUUUCAUCUGCUGAUGAGUAUUCCAUUGUGAACACUUUGGUGGAAUUAAUUCAGUGAAGUAGUGUCUUUAUUUUUAAUGCGUAAGGAUUUGACGAAAAUGUUUAUUCCGUUGGAAGAAAAUUUAGUGAUCAUCCUUGUGGAUGGACAAUAAACUACAGAACCAAAUUCAAUAAUAUUUUUUGAUGAUAAUAUCGAGCUGGUUUUUCGCAAUUGCCUACCUCAAAAUUCAACUAUCUUUUUUUACGAAAGAAAGAAGAGUCAUAUUUAUGAAAUGAUGUAUAUAGUUGAUGAAUUUAACGACCCCAUACAAUGUUGUAAAAUUAUAUAUUUUUAUUGAUGGGAUUACACAUAUGUGAUAAUAGAAUUUUUCGGUGAAUAAAAACCAUGCCGUCUUUCACAUGA